UAAUUAGGAAUAAAGUGGACGAUGGAUAUUUUCUCUCUCUGUCAGCGUGCUUGGUUUUUCCACAGACACGACGCCGGAAGUAUUACAAUCACGUGGGUUGUCCUCCUCCGUGGUUGCUAUGGCUGAUUUGUCUCCAUGUCAACGGUAGUUGAAGAAAUAAGAAAUCCAAAUGGCAGAAACAGGAGAAAGUAAAAAAGAAGAGGCGGACUACAAGAGACUACACAGCUUUCCUCUCAUUAGGCACACAGACAUGCCAGAAGAGAUGAGAGUUGAAACCAUGGAGCUCUGUGUCACAGCCUGUGAAAAGUUUGCCACCAAUAACGAGAGUGCAGCUAAGAUGAUAAAGGAGUCCAUGGAUAAGAAGUUUGGGAGUUCCUGGCAUGUGGUAAUCGGAGAGGGUUUUGGAUUUGAGGUGACUCAUGAAGUAAAGAAUCUGUUGUACAUGUUCUUCGGUGGCAGCCUGGCAGUGUGUGUUUGGAAAUGCUCCUGAUCUCAGUCCAGCAUCUUUCCUGUUCAUCCACACACUACCUACUUUUAUAUAUUUAUAUAUACAUGUAUUCACAAUACUGUUUCAGCUAUGCAGAUCUUUUUCUACUUGACCUUUGUGUGCAUGUGUGUUUGUGUAAAGUUUGUAUGUCUGAGAGAAAACCUGACAGUAUAGGCCAUUUAUAGCUCACCUUCUCUACUGUAUUUUUUAUUUUUUUAUUUUAUUUGGCUGUUUUACUUUGAAAGCAGAGGAUCAAGUGGAGUUGAUGUAGAACUUCUUCCUCAGCCUCCACCUCCGGUAUUGACUAAUAAUUACUAAUUGUCUCAGUGAAAGAUGUGGACUGGUAUACGCCAGGGUGAUAAAAAAUGGAUGACACUCCAGCAGUGAGAAUUCGGUUUACGUCUAGUGGAGAGAUUUACGUAACAUUCUGUUGGUCUAUGUGCCGCUAGGUAGCACCGCUGUAAUAAUCGAACCCAGUGUGAUUUUUAAAGUGCAGUUUGUAAUGUGUAAUUGUUUCUCGGCCUGUAAUCACAUAAUUUCAAAGAUACCAUAGAAAAACUGUGAUUUGCAGUAUUGGCAUGGAGUGGAUCGGCUCAUGUCUUUAUCUCAGGCUUCUGUUUACACUUUUCUGGCCCGGAAAUAUGCUCCACCCCCAGCCAGAUCAGAGCUGCUCAGGUCUGCCCUCAUUCCAUGCCUUACGAGGCAGCAGAGGGCUCUAAAAAAAAAUUACAAACUGCUCCUUUAAGAAUAUAUAUUCUGUGUGUUGAUGUGCGAGAGAGAAGAGUGUUUGAUGUCUUCAUGUAACUAUGAAAAAAAAUACCAUCGCAUUCAGUAAUGCUCCUUCCUUUUCCACUUCAGAUUGCUUGUCAUGCAAUCGGUUUCAAAGAGCUUCCUCUGUAUUUUCUUGAUGUUUCUUCUUCUUUUCUUUCUUUCUUUCUUUCUUUCUUUCUUUUUUUUUUUUUUAAAAAAGUUUCACCCUUAUCUCUCACUGUUUUCUUUACUAAACCAGCAUUUCUAUCAAGUCUACCCUGUCUGUUAACUUGAAUACAAGUGUAAAUCUUUUUAAAUAAAUAAAAAUGUCAAUAGA